AUGGCAAGCGUAGACGACAUAUUCAAGAACACGCAGAGCUCCCUACCGAGCAAGCGGAGGAUCGACGCAGUUCGAGAUCCCAGCGAAGUCUACAAGGCUGCGAAGCGAGAUAGCAACGCCCACGGCAGCCGUCAUGCGACAGUCGAAGACGAAGCCGUAGACCACGAUCGAGGCGAAGCCCCCGGCGAUGACGAAGAUGAUUACGGUCCCGAGCUCCCUCCCGAUGAUGAAGAAGGAGGGCGAUUCUUCGGCGGUGGCAUAACGAAGCAGGAAUCAGAAAUCUUAGACUAUCUCGAAGGGCGAGACGAAGACGUCGCGGCCGAAAAGAUCGACGCCGGGUGGCUACGCAAAACCGUACUGAAUUUCGAAAAGCGCAUAACGAAGAACGCCGAACUCCGCGCCAAGUACGAAGACGAUCCGCAAAAGUUCAUGGCGAGCGAGUCGGAUCUGGACUCGGACAUCAAGACGCUGUCGAUCCUCUCGCAGUAUCCGGAGCUGUACCAAGAAUUCGUGAAGCUCGGAAGCGCGACUAGUCUCGUGGGCUUACUCGCGCAUGAGAAUACGGAUAUUGCGAUAGGGGUGAUGGACGUGCUCGACGAGCUCACGGACGAGAACGUGACGGCCGACGACGAACAGUGGGGUGCGCUCGUCGACGCGAUGCUGGAGGCCGAUCUACUGGACCUUCUAGUGUCGAAUCUCGCGCGGCUGGAUGAGGGGGAUGAGCGCGACCGCGAAGGCGUCUACCAUGCCAUGUCUAUAGUGGAGAAUCUGUGUUCUCGCGAGGCCGUCGCGAAGCAGGUCGGCGGCGAGGAGAAGCUCGUAAAAUGGCUUCUUAGCCGCGCCCAGCGUCGCGAAAAGGACGUCAGCCAGAAUAAGCAGUAUGCUGCCGAGAUCAUCGCAAUUCUCGCCCAGUCGGCGCCAGAGAACAGGGGUCGUUUGGUCAAGCUCGAUGCUGUGGAUACGAUGCUGGAACUCGCGUCAGCGUAUCGGAAACGUGAUCCUGAUAGGUCGAGCGAUGAGGAAGAGUACAUGGCCAAUUUAUUUGAGAUCCUUACGGCGUUAGUCGAUACGCCCGAAGGCAAACUGAAACUACUAGAGGCCGAGGGUGUAGAGCUAUGUCUCAUCAUGCUCAAGGAGGGCGGCCAGAGCAAACCCUGCGCGCUCCGCUUACUCGCCCACGCCACCGCCCUCAGCGGCACCGGAGAAGCCGCGACAUCUGCCGCCGCCGCCGUCUGCAAGCAGCUCGUCGUCGCCGGAGGCCUCAAGACGACCUUCACCAUGUUUAUGAAGACGCACGACGCCUCGACCGUCGAGCACCUCCUCGGCAUCUUCUCCUCGAUGCUCAGGCUGCUCCCCGGAGAUUCGAGCGAGCGGAUACGCGCGCUGGCCAAGUUCGUGGAGAAGGACUACGGGAAGCUGGCGAGGCUGCUGAAGCUGCGCCAGGGGUACGUCGCGAGGAUUAGGACGGCAGAGGAGGAAUUCGCCAAGUUUGCUGAGGAGGAGGAGGAGGAGGAGGAGGAUGAGGAUCUAAGACGGGCGGAGUUGUUCUCGAGGAGGCUUGAUGCUGGGUUGUUCUCUUUACAGUCUAUCGACCUCAUCCUUGCGUGGCUUGUUGCGGAGGAUGAUGGUGCGAGGAAGCGAAUUAUCAAGCUUUUGAAAGAUACGGAUUUAGGGCUGGAUGCCAUCAAAGCAAGCAUUCAGGAACAACUCGACGACCUUGAUGACUCCGAGGAUGUCAAGGAUACCAGAGAGAUGCUCAGCACAUUAGUAGAGUUUUUGUAA